CCCGUGCCGUCCUCCUGCCACACAUCAAGGCUCUCCACGCCGCCCGCCGAGCACGAGACACCCCCACGCCACCCCAACCAGCAGCACCGUCCGGCCAUGACCACCACCGAGAGCCCCCACCACCUCCCCCACCUCGACGGCACCAGUGCAGCAUCCCCGUCAUGAACGGCACCAACAUGCCCGCCCACCAGGUGCCGUACUACCCGACCUUCGCCAAGGUUGUGCGGGUGUCAAAGCCAGUCAGUCGUGGCUGGUGGCACAACCCAUUCACCGGCGAGGCCGAGUGGUGGUGGCGAAGCACGGGUGCGUGGGAGGUGCGGUCAGCAUCGCAGGAUGUGGGCAUGAAGGCCUGGGCGCUGCUGUCGGCCGCAGUGGGCCGCGGACCACCCGCACCACCGCCCUCACAAUGACAAUGACAAGGACAACAACCACAAAGACAGAGGGGCAGGAGGGCAAGAGAAGCUACCUUAGAUAGGUCGAAAUAAAGAUGGAUGGGUCGCCUCAUCCAAGCUUGCUGGUGGUAUUUUUCUCAUUGCUCGCUUAGCUUGCUCUCUGCCUCCUUCUUUCUUUCAUGUGCAUCCUCAUUUUUUCUCAUUAUGCGCGUGUGUGUGUCUGUGUGUGUGUGUGUGUGUAUUUUUAACGCAUCCAUCCAUCCAUCCACUCAUGUGCAUGAUGGCGGCCGCUACGUGCACCGCACCGCAUCUGUGUGAGAGAGUGAGAGCGAGUACCUCUUCCUGAGUUUGUCUCUUCCUCCCUCUACUUAAGGCCUUCCUCUACUCCACUUCCUACCUCUCCUCCCUCUACCCUCACCGUCACACAGGGUCGAUGCCUGUUAGUCCAUGGUACGCGACGAACUGAGGCAGGAAGAGCACAUACAUCCUUCACGUGUGGUGGCAUGUGUGUGUGUGUGUGUGCA